AUGCUGGGCACUUAUGUUUUUACUGGUUAUAUUGCACGUUGCGUAAUCCAUCUACAGGAGAACAUUCCCGGCCCGUUUUGGGAUACAACUGUACCGCCGGCUUCGACAGCAUCCAUACCAUAUUGCAGAAUUGUCCUUGAGAUGCUGAAUCCAAAGACUGCGGGAAAGGGCGAUUCGUCUUGCUUAAACGGCAUAUUUGUCGUGUCCAUGUCAGUAUCCUGGAUGCGCUUAAUCAAAAUACCUUCGACCACCAUCAAACACUGA